AUGGAACGACUCACCCUCAUUUGCUUAGCUUUUGUCGCGAUCGCUUUCGCUCAACAACAAGGACAACAAGGACAACAAGGACAACAGGGACAGUUUGCCCCAAUGUCUCAAUCUUCCCAGCCGACACGAUUCAAUCAAUACUCGAAUAAUAAUCAACAAUAUCCCCAGCAACAACAACAAUAUGGUCAACAACAAAAUCAAUACGGACAACAACAAAAUACUCAAUAUGGAACCACAAGCAGAUUCCAACAAAAUCAACCUUUCGGAUUCACCUCGACAUCAACGAUGAACCCAAAUCAGCGUUUCUUCAACUCAGCUCAAUCACUUCAAUCAUUGAUGGCUUUAGGAGUGGCGGCUAUGGCUCUUGUCUUG